AUUUCAGAUUCUUGAAUAACAAGCUCGCUCACUUUCUUACACUUCUCUCUAAAAUUUUCUUACUCAAAUUUUUACAAUCAAAUCAAAAUCAAUUUAAACAGAGAUUAAUUCACUCGAGAACAAGAACAAAAUCAAAGGUUGGAGGCUAGAAAUUCGAAUUUCAAGGUUAAUUUACAGAUUCUGGAGGUUUUCAGUUGAAGAAUUGGCGGAAAUAUGGGAGCUUUUAAUCAGAACUCGAGUACGAGUUCUCGUAUGCAAUUGGAUUCGACAAGUAAGAAGAGAAAGCGCGAAGGAACUAAAUCGGUUGCUGAGACACUAGAUAAAUGGAGAGAGUACAACAAGUGCCUGGAGUCUUAUGUUAAAGAUGGGGGUGAUGGCAAUGACGGGAAGCCACUGCGUAAAACGCCAGCUAAAGGUUCGAAAAAAGGGUGCAUGAAAGGGAAAGGAGGACCGGAGAAUUCGGAAUGCAGUUAUCGAGGUGUUCGACAGAGGACUUGGGGGAAGUGGGUUGCUGAGAUUAGAGAACCUAAUAGAGGACCUAGGCUUUGGCUUGGUACUUUUCCAACUGCGUAUGAUGCUGCUGUUGCUUAUGACGAAGCUGCUAAAGCGAUGUAUGGUAGCUUUGCUCGGUUGAAUUUCCCUGAGCUAUCAACAAGUUCAAAGAAUGAUCAGCAAUUUGCUGCUGCUGGGUAUUGUUCUAUUGGGACUCCUGCGAGUUCAGAGUUUUCUACUACUACCUCGAAUCAUUCUGAGGUUUGUGCAGUUGAGGAGAUGAAGGAUGGUAUUGUAGGAGUUGGGGAUGGUGAAGGUGAAUCGAUAAUCCGACCUCAGUGUGGGACAGUUAUUCAAUCUGCGCAACCUACUCGAUUGCAAAAGGAAGUGAUGGAUACAGGGGAUGAUGUUAAAAGUACUGCUGGGAUUGAAGCAGGUGUUGCACAAGAAUCUCGUUGGAGCAUGGCUUGUGAUAGUAAACAGAAAGGUGUAUACGAUCCACUGGAUACUGUCGAUGAUGGUAAAAAUACUGGUGGGAUCAAAGCAUGUGUCGAAGCAGAAUCUCAUCAGAACGUGGCUUGUGAUACUAAACAGAAUCCAUAUGAUACGCAACAAGUCACAGAAGAUUAUUUUCUCAACUUUGAAGACUUGAAUUGGGGUUUUGAAAACGAAGCAACGGGGGCGGAUGGAUGGCAAAAUUUCACUAUGGAUGAGAUGUUUAGUGUAGACGAACUGCUUGGGGCAAUAGAGAACCACCCUCUUGAUCUGGAAACUGAUAGCAGUCCAUUGCUAUUCUCUGGUAAUGAUCUCCUUCCGCGUAAUCAUGAACUGGAUACGUCGUUCACAUUGAACAGUCUAGAUACAAGAUUCAUCGGCGGACAUCAGCAAGCAGAGCAGGUGCCUUCCGGUUGUGGUUCCAGCUUCAUAAAGCCAACUCCAAGUAGGGGGGAGGAGGACAGCAAUAAAUCAUUUGAUUUCAAGCAUCCUUCGGUUUUUGAUAUGUGGACUCGGAUUAGGGAGACAUAAUCGAUACGAUUCAUGAAUUCUUUUAUUUAUAAUGUGGAUUUAAGUAAUAUAUAUUAUGUAGACAUGCUCACUUGGUGACUGACUGUUUUUUCUUGAAUUGACAUAGAAAUGAGCUGAUUCUCUAGAGGUUUUCAUGUUAGAGAAAUUGGCUGUUUUGGUUUGUUUUGAAUGUACAUAAAGAGGAUUUUGAGCUCUUUUUGGUUUCAUAUAAAUAAAAAAAAAAACUUAAGUUUUGAUGUUC